CGGUAGGUGAGCUCACCGACGGUUACUCGAAUGCGUCCUUAAUCGACGGCUACUCUUGCGAGGUCGAACCACUGUCCCGCUUCGCCUUCCUUUCCGGCUGUCCUGCGCUCUUCGCCUUCUAAGAUCGGAGCCCCUUCCCCGAGGAGUUCCACCCCAGCCUGUCAUCUUCGACUUAUGAGGGAUCUGUGAUCGUCGAAAAUUUGAGUAAUUAUUUGGGACUUGAUGUUUUUUUCUCCCAAUCCGUUUCCUGAGUUUCAAAUUACAAGUCAGGCAGCAUAUCUGGAGCAUUCUGAAAAAAACACAUUAUGUCGUGUUUUGGAUGCUGUGAAGAGAAUGACAUUAAUCGAACUGCUGCCAGUGGCAGUCCUUAUGUGGCAAACCAAUCAGCAGGAAGUGAUGGAACAUAUCAAACUGCAAAUCCUCCCUCCAAGGGCAUACAAACUGUUAAAGCGCAGCCUAUUGCAGUCCCAGCUAUUCCUCUUGAUGAGAUAAGGGAGAUCACCCAAAAUUUUGGCGAUGAAGCUCUAAUUGGCGAGGGUUCAUUUGGUAGAGUGUAUUUUGGUGUCCUAAAGAAUGGGAGAAGUACAGCUGUAAAAAAGUUAGACUCAAGCAAGCAGCCCGACCAAGAGUUCUUGGCACAGGUUUCCAUGGUGUCACGGCUGAAGCAUGAAAAUGUUGUAGAGUUGGUUGGUUACAGCGUUGAAGGAAAUCUCCGUCUAUUAGCAUAUGAGUUUGCUACAAUGGGGUCUCUUCAUGACAUUCUUCAUGGACGAAAAGGAGUUAAAGGAGCACAGCCAGGUCCAGUGAUGUCAUGGCAUCAAAGAGUUAAGAUUGCUGUUGGAGCAGCAAAAGGACUGGAGUACCUGCAUGAGAAAGCCCAACCUCAUAUCAUUCAUCGUGAUAUAAAGUCCAGCAAUGUUUUACUCUUUGAUGAUGAUGUUGCAAAAAUAGCUGAUUUUGACCUAUCAAAUCAAGCUCCUGAUAUGGCUGCUCGACUUCAUUCUACUAGAGUUUUGGGGACUUUUGGAUAUCAUGCACCAGAGUAUGCAAUGACUGGUCAGCUUAGCUCUAAAAGUGAUGUAUACAGCUUUGGGGUCGUUCUAUUAGAGCUUUUGACCGGUCGUAAGCCUGUGGAUCACACAUUACCAAGAGGACAACAAAGUCUUGUCACUUGGGCAACACCAAGACUCAGUGAAGACAAAGUAAGACAAUGUAUUGACUCGAGGCUAAAUGCAGAGUAUCCCCCCAAAGCAGUUGCCAAGUUUGCUGCUGUGGCCGCAUUGUGCGUGCAAUAUGAAGCUGAUUUCCGGCCAAACAUGAGCAUCGUCGUCAAAGCUUUACAGCCGCUACUGAAUACUCGGUCCGGUCAACCUGGAGAAGGCCCUGGAAUGUGAACCCUAUCAUAUGUCUAGAGUUAAGUGCAGUCCUAUCCUAACCUGUAGAUUUUAUAUACCACCAUUGUUCUCGAUGGAUCCAUUAUUUCAAACCUCUGCCCACUAGUUUUGAAUAUCCUUCGAACUCGAAUUUGUCCUGUGAGUAUGAUCUCGGAUUGUUCCACAAGUUGCAUUAUGCUUUCUUGUUCUAAAUGCAUUUGUAAAAUUCGAUA